AUGACCGAAGAGAUAGACAAUGUGCAAGUUAGCAAGCAAGAGCUCGAAAUCUACGAUCGUCAAGUUCGUCUUUGGGGAAUGGAGGCGCAAACUAAACUCCGAAAUGCUAAAGUAUUGAUUAUCGGAGGCACACAACUCGGUGCAGAAGUAGCUAAAACGUUGUCGUUGGCAGGAGUGGACGAGAUGCAUUUAGUUGAUCAUAAUCUUGUGAAGAAAGCGGAGAUUGGCUCGAACUUUUUGUAUGACGCCUCAGUCGACAAUACGACACUGACAAGAUGGGCGGCAGCUCACGCAUUUCUUUCGAACUUGAACAAAAAUGUGAAGCUUUCAAUUGUCGAGGAAGACAUUCUAUCGAAGUCAGAUGAAGAAAUUGAAGAAUUUAUUCGCGGAUUCACUAUCGUGAUUGUACUCGAUGAGAACUAUGAGAGAACUGCUAAACUAAAUGCUAUCUGUCACAAAAAUCAUAUCCGUUUCAUCUCUGGAGCGAUUUUCGGAUGGGUUGGAUACACAUUUUUCGAUUUCGAUGGCCACCCUUUCUUGACUAAAGUGACUCCUGCUGGUCCCAUCGAUCGAGUAGAUUUGGAGAACGACGCACCCAAAGUGACAAAUACUGUUGUCACUGUGGAAGAUGAUCGAUUUGAGCCAAAAGCAUUCGCGUAUCCUACAUUCACCGAGGCUUUCAACUCUGAUUUCUCUUCGAAAAAAGUUAUUCGAAAGUGCAAAAGAAUCAUUCCUUCAUCUUAUUUCCUUGUCAAAACUAUGCUGAGAGCAUCGAAAGAGAAUAAGUUGACAGGAGAUAGUGAUAAGGAUAUCGAGGAAUUGGUGCCAAUUUGGAAAGAGGAAGUUUUGAACGGAAAUCACACUCUUGAAAUGCAGCCAGUUCAUCCAGAAAAGUUCAAUCAUCUCUUCUCGCCGGAAUUCAGCCCAACAACUGCAUGUGUCGGAGGUAUGAUUGGACAAGAAGCUAUCAAGACAAUCACAGGAGGAAAAGAUCCGAUCCGAAACAUUUUCAUCUACUCGGCUCUUGAUUCAACCGGCAUUGCUUGUGAUUUUCCUUUGGCCUGA